GAUUGCAGUAGAAGGAUGCAUAUUUCAGUAUAAGUCUGUGUACUUGUACUGCAGUUGUGUUUGUGACGUCUGAGGCUGCAGCAGCUGCAGGAGUCAGAGUCUGGACAUGUGACCGUCCACAGGAAGGGGAGCCAAGGAAUGAGUCAGAGUCCUCCUCCAGGAAAUACCCUGAUCCACACAGCUGCACCUCCUCCUCCUGCUCCUCCUGCUCCUCGGUACCAUGCCGUGCUGCCGUGUCCUCAGUCUGUGUCAGUAUGAAACCAACAAGCUGGUCCGGAUCCAGAGCGUCCGGCUCGGGUCUCUGAAGUGGAGCCUGAACGGAGCCAUCCUGCUGGUGAUCUGCGUCAUGAUGCUGUGGAACAGGAAGUACCAGGAGUUUGACCCGGUCGUGAGCUCGGUCACCACCAAGGUGAAGGGUGUGGCUCAGCUGCUCCUGCCCGGGGUCGGGGACGUGGUCUGGGACGUGGUGGACUACAGCGGCGCCUCUCAGGGCAAAAACUCUUUCUUCGUGGUGACGAAUGUUAUCGUGACAAAGAAUCAGAAGCAGGGGAAAUGUCCAGAGGUUCCCAGUAACGGCCGGACGUGUAAGACUGACAGAGACUGUGAGAGAGGAGCCUGGGACAAACAGAGCCACGGGAUUCUGACGGGAUCGUGUGUGAAGUUUGACGUGUUGAAGAAAACCUGCGAGGUGUCGGCCUGGUGCCCGAUAGAAACGAAGAACACUCCUCCGAGACCUGCUCUUCUGGCAGCAGCUGAGAACUUUACCGUCCUCGUCAAGAACAACAUCAGAUUCCCUGCGUUCAACUUCAUCCGGAGGAACAUCCUCCCGCAGAUGAACGACGCCUACCUGAGGAGCUGCCAGAGAGAAAACGACUCGCUGUGUCCCAUCUUCAGGUUGGGCGACAUGGUUCGAGAGGCGGGGGAAAGGUUCUCUGACAUGGCCAUAGAGGGUGGCGUCAUCGGCAUGCUGAUCAAGUGGGACUGUAACCUGGACUGGCUGACGAGGCGCUGCCUGCCGAAAUACUCCUUCAGACGCCUGGAUGAGAAAGAGAGCAACAAGACGCUGUACCCCGGCCUCAACUUCAGAUUCGCAAAGUACAACACGGUGAACGGAGCGGAGGAGAGGACGCUCUACAAAGCUUUCGGCAUCAGGUUUGAUGUCAUGGUGUUCGGACAGGCGGGAAGAUUCAGCUUCAUUCAGCUCAUCAUCUACAUCGGAUCAACGCUGUCGUACUACGCUCUGACCACCUUGUUUCUGGACUGGCUGAUUGGAACCAGCUGUUACUCUGCAGAAGUUGGACAAAUCUACUCCAAGAGGAAAGUGGAGUCGGUCCGAGACCAACGGAAGUGCGUCCUCUGUGUCUCGUACGUGGACGAGAACAACAUUCGACUGGUGAAGAGAUCACUGAAGAAAAGUUUACGAGACGUCAAACCGGUGUCUGUUCUGCCACGUCAGCAGGAGGACACAGGACACCUGAGAGCUGUCCUCUGUCUGUUACAGCCGGGUGUCCACAUGGAUCACGACGCUCGUCCUCCCCCCGACCAGGAAGCCGACCCAAAGCCCAAAGCCCCUCGUCCAGCCUGGUGUCGGUGUAACUGCUGCACUCCCUCCUCUCUCCCGCAGGAGGAGCUGUGCUGCAGGCGGAGCGACGGCGCCUGCAUCACCUCCUCCCCUCUGUUCAAGCAGCUGGUGCUCCAUCGCCCCCUGUUGGAGGCUGUCCUCAUGUACAGGGACCCUCUGUCUCCACCUGCUGAUGGAGGCCUCACCUCGGCCCUGCGUCACUGUGCGUACAGACAGUACAUCAGCUGGAGGUUUGGGGUCCCGCCUCCCGACGCCCACCCUGCCAUCCCCAGCUGCUGCGUGCGGAGAGUCCGGGAGUCGUACCCGAGCCCGGACGGACGGUACAGCGGCUUCACUCCUGCCAGGACGGUGUCGAUGCAGGGCUGCGCUGACGGACAUGCGUGAGGGGAGUGUGUCCACGUGACACUCCUCCACUGACUGACCUGCUAACAGGCAUGUUGGAUCUGCUUGGUCAGUGCCGAAGAAAUGCAUUAACUUCACUAACCUGAGUUGAAGACAAAGUUUUUGUCAGCUUGCGUCCGGAGGCAGAGAGACGAGGAAAAACCUCAGAGUCAAUAAAGCUCUGCAUAAAAACAAGAAUGAAGGAUUUUCUUUUUCCCCAUUUCACUUAUAACGCAGCAGCGUUUUACCUUAAAAGGACAGAAACCUCAUCUUUAUUAUCUCAGACCUGCUCAGACGACGUCUCCUGACAGGAAUGUUCACUCACAUCUGUCACGUCACACGGAAGCAUGAAGAGUUUCGCUUCAGUGUGAGACAGAAAAAGGCAAAUUACUGUUUUACAAUUUUGCUUUUGCACAAAUUAAACAACUGACAUAUUAACUUUAAAGGCACUGAUAGGUUGGUUAUUACCUGCUAACAGACCCAGGCUAGCUGUUUGCAGUCUUUAUUUACAUGAACACAAAUAAUCUGACUGUCGACCUUAGUCUCAAGGUUUCAUUUAUUAGAAUUGUACUUUGCAGGAAAAAAACAACAUGCUUGAAAGUGUUUAAUAAAGAAAAAUACAUUUAAUCAAAAAAUAAACUGAUAA